UUGACACAGCUGGCGGCUCCGGGCCGGCGCGCGAGCUACGGAACUUGGAACUCUCGGGGACGUGAAAGUUGCACCGAGCGCGUGGUGGAGCCGGGGACCCCGCAGGUGGUGCAGCAGCAGCAGCAGCAGCAGCAGCAGCAGCAACAGCAGCAGCGACGAUGCCGGGCGGCGGCGACGACUGGGUGAACCAUCCCCUGGGCGCCGUGCACCGCAUCUUCGCUCAAAACAGUGCAGACUGGGAGAAGAAAGUGGUGGAAUUUUUCUGGGAGAAGCUGAAGGAGACAACUGCGGCCAACUGGGUGCCUUCCUUGAAUGAUGUUCCACUGCAUUACUUGAAGCCAAAUAGCUUGGUGAAAUUCCGCUGCAUGGUCCAGGACAUGUUUGAUCCAGAGUUUUAUAUGGGAAGUUAUGAGACGCUGGAGUUAAAUGCCAAAUCUAAGAUUCUACACUUUGGAAAAUACAAAGAUGUUGCUGAAUGUGGGCCCCAGCAAGAGAUUGCCUUGGACUCUCCCAAAUAUGUCACUCGGGAGAGGCAAACAUUUUAUUGUAUUCCCGUGCCUGGAGAAUCGGAGUGGGUCAAAGAAGUCUAUGCCAGUGCCUGUCAAGCUCGCGGCAAUCCUUCCACAUCCUACACUCCCAGUCGACACAAGAGGAGUUAUGAGGAGGACGAAGACAUGGAAAUGCAUCCGCCCAAACUAAAAGAGCAGUGUGCAGAUGGCUGCAGUACUUCGCUCGGAUGUGGAGACGCCAAGCGUCUGGAAAAGGAGCCACCGGCCGGGCAGCAGAACCUGUCAAACUGCACAACGUCAAUCGAUCUCAAUUUCCCGUUACCAGGGGAGAAAGGGCCCGCGUGCCUUGUGAAGAUCUACGAGGACUGGGAUAGCUUCAAGGUCAAUGAUAUGCUGGAGGUUUAUGGGGUUCUAUCAGUGGAUCCAGCACUAGGUGUAAUGAAUGAAGAGAGUUCAAAGGGUGGUUUGUCGAUUUUGGAUCCGACUGAGUGUAUGGACACCAUGGAAGAACAGCGUGUUCACAGUCCGCCGCCCUCCUUGGUUCCAAGGCUUCAUGCCAUUGUAACUCGUAAACUGCAGCACGUUAACCCGCUCCUUCCUCUCACCCUGAACGAUAAAGAAAACCAGGACUUGAUCACAAACAUUCUGCCUGAAUUAUCAACAGUCAGAGCGGAGUUGCUUGGCUUUCUUACACACGUGUUACUGGGGGACAGUCUGGCAGCUGAAUAUCUCCUGUUACACUUCAUAUCAACGGUGUACUCCCGACGUGACAUUCUUCCAUUGGGUAAAUUUACAGUCAACCUGAGUGGCUGCCCCAGGAAUAAUGGUUACACAAAACAGCUGCACAAGACCAUUCAACAACUAGUUCCGUCAUCCUACUGUCUGCCCAUGACACUCCACAACAUGAACACGCUCCGAUUCAUCCCACACAAAGACUACACAGCCAAUCGCCUUGUCACCGGAGUACUGCAACUGGCCAGCAACACUUCACUCAUGUUAGACGAGACCUUACUGGAUCAAGGGCAACUGGAUAGUACAGGAGUUCGAAAUGUGACGGCCCUGGGUAAUUUGAUUACUUGGCAGAAGGUAGACUAUGACUUCAACUACCACCGGAUGGAAUUCCCUUGCAAUAUUAAUGUACUCAUCACUUCUGAAGGAAGAUCUCUCUUACCGUCUGACUGCCAAGUCCACCUCCAAGCUCAGAUGGUUCCUGCCAAUGUGGAACAAUACAUGACGAAUUUACUGAUGGCUGUGUUGCCUUCAAUGCUGAGGAAAUUCCGCAUGUACCUGAGUUUGCUCAGGCUGAUGGACUACAGCAUCUCUGAUGAAGUGACCAAGGCAGUGGAGGAAGACUUUGUGGAGAUGAGAAAGAGUGAUCCUCAGAGCAUCACGGCAGAGGAUCUCCAUCAGUUGCUUGUUGUGGCGAGGUUGAUAUCGCUGAGCGCUGGCCACAGAACCUUGUCACGUGAGAGAUGGCAGCAAGCAAAGCAGUUGGAGGUUCUUCGCAGAAGUAGAAUACAACACAAAACGCAUGUAAACGGCAAUGAACCUUAAUGCCAGACCCUGGACUUCAAUAAAAUGCAACAGAACGUGCGUGCCAGUGGGCUUCAUGUAAAUUUACAGAGCUAACAUUCCUUCUCAGCCCACCUCACCUGCCAAACCUUUACAAUUGAGGAAAAAUCAUUGUUUUCUUUUUGUAGAACAUUUGUAUCAAAUUUUCUUACAUAAAUUUCUUAACUCUGAAUUCUGACGGAUUUAAUUCAAGAUGUCUUUGUUGCUUGUAUUGAAGUCUCUGCCAUUUACUUGAGUACAUUCAUUUGUGAAAAUGUCUUCAACAUUCCUCUAUUACCACGGUUUCUCAAAUACAGGCUAUUUUUGUAAUUUUGUAAACUGCAUAACAUUGUACUUGUUUGAAAGAAAUUGCCUUAAAAAAAAUGAAACAAGAUUUUAACUGU